AUGGGUCCCGACCUCGGCGCGGUCGCCUCGUGGAAGGCGUGCAGCGGCCUGCUCGGCUGCGUCGGCGUCGUGCAGACCGUCUGCGUCGUCGUCAUCUUCUUCAUCUCCGGCCUGACGCUCAAGACGGACGAGGUGAAGCGCGCGCUCACCUCGUGGCCGGACGCGCUCUUUGGCGUGGUCUCCAUCCUCCUCAUCACGCCGCUGCUCGCGCUGCUCCCCACCCGGCUGCGCUUCCUGCCGGCCGAGUUCCAGGUCGGCUUCCUUCUCUUCUGCUCCAUGCCGACCACCAUCAACUCGGGCGUCGCCCUCGUCGGCACCGGCCGCGGCAACGUCGCGAUGGCGCUGCUGCUGACGCUCGCGUCGAACCUGCUCGGCGUCUUCACGGUGCCCUUCUCGCUCUCGCUGCUGCUGCAGGUCUCGGACGUGCGGAUCGACGCCUCGCCGCUGCUCGCCAAGCUGAUGAUGAUGAUCCUGCUGCCGCUGCUCCUCGGCAAGGCUGCGCGAGACUGGUCGCCGCGCCUGCGCGAGCGGCUCAAGCAGAGGAAGCAGCUCGUGUCCAACGGCUCGUCGCUGCUGCUCUGCCUGAUCCCACGCGAGGGCGUGGGAAGACAGGCGGCGCUGCGCUCGCUCUCCGGCUCGGAGUGCGCCGCGCUCUUCGCGUGCGGCGCCGGCGUGCACGCGGCGAUCGUGAUCAUGGGCUCGCAAAAGACGCUGCCGAUGGCGAUGACGGUCCUCUCCUUUUUCCCGCCCUCCUUGGGCGAGCCCGGUCUAAUUGCGCUGCCCUGCAUCGUCUCGCACUUGCUGCAGAUCUUCGCAGACGCCUUCCUCGUCGCCAGGCAGCCGAGAUGCCGCCGAGAUGCCGCUGAGAUUGAGAUCGCAGACCGUCGUACACGGCUCCCUCGUCGCGAAGCGGUCGGCCACCGCCCCAGGCCGUGA